GCCAGCCGCCAGCUUCCAAAAUGGCAGCUCCCAGAGUUGUCGUUUAGAACGUUCGGGGGGGCCCGAUCGGAGUGCGGUUGUGCAUAUGGUUCGCGCUCCGGCGCCCGACCGCCCAGAAUGUUGAACCGCUUCAAGAAUGCCAUUUACAACGUGGUCGGAGGCCUGGACGCACUGCCGACGGUGAAAGACGGCGAGCCAGCCGGAGCCGACAGGCUGCCCCUCAAGUUCAAAUACACGAGGCCUAGCUUCCUUCAGUUGACGUCCGACGACGAGAUCCAGGUGUCCGCGGACCAUGUCAUCCGCCCCAUCAUCGUGCCGAGGGACAUUACCAAGAUACCGUGGAACGCCGGCUACGCAGAGGCCAUCAAUGCAGGCAAGAGCCUGCGCAAUGAGGACCAGGGGGCCAUCUUCCGGGGCGCAGUGCGGCGCCAUGUCCAGGCGGCGCCGCGGGAGCCCCGGGAGUCGGGGUCCAAACAGAACGUCCAGCCAGCGGCGGACGGCGACCCACCGGGGAGCCCCAGGCGGGAGUCCGCCUCACCGCCCCUCUCGCCGCUCACACCGGAAAUGACCGUCGGCAGUGACACGGUGGAACAGAUGCUGCCAUGGGUCUACUUUGCCCUCUUUGAUGGACAUGCGGGCAGUGGGGUAGCAGUGGCUGCCUCUAACACCCUGCAGAAAAUAAUUCAGGAGAAAUUGAUGAACAUCAUAGACCUCCUGUUGCCGUCCACUGUCGAGAACGGGGACGCCAAGGACAAUGCCACUUUCCUCCCCUUCGGGGCCGGCGACAAGAAGAUCAGCACGGACAGCCUGAUCAUCGGCGCCCUGGAAACCGCCUUCUGGGACAUGGACAAGCAGAUAGCGAGGGACAAGAAGCACUACAAGAUGACCGGGGGCUGCACGGUUCUCGUCGCUCUCUUCAUUCUGGGCAAGCUGUACCUGGCCAACGCAGGCGACAGCAGGGCCAUCAUCUGUCGAGGCGACAAAGUGAUCCCCAUGUCUGCCGACUUUACCCCCGAGUCUGAGCGGUCCCGCAUCAAGCACCUGGGCAUGCAGUGCCCCGAGCUGCUGGGCAGCGACUUCACCCACCUGGAGUUCAUCCGACGCCCCGUGAGGGCGGAUCUGGGCAAGCGCCUACUCUGCAGGGACGCCUACAUGACCGGAUGGGCUUACAAAACCAUCACAACGGAGGACCUCAAGUUCCCCCUGAUCUACGGGGAAGGAAAGCGGAGUCGGGUGCUGGCGACGAUUGGUGUCACCCGAGGUUUUGGGGACCACGACUUGAAGGCCCAGAGCAGCAACGUGGACAUCAAGCCAUUCCUCACGGCCGAACCAGAGGUUCGGGUGUUUGACGUCAAUUCUGAGGAGCUCACGGAGGGCGACGUGCUGGUGAUGGGCACGGAUGGCCUCUGGGAUGUCAUGGCCAAUGAGAAAGCAGCGGAGAUCGUCCAGAAGUCCCUCGACCACUUCCCGGCCAACGACACUCAGCGCGUUAAGUUCAGGUACAUCUCGGCGGCGCAAGAUCUGGUGAUGCAUUCAAGGGGCAAGCUGAAGGAGCGCAACUGGCGCACAGCGGACAACCGGGCAGCCACGAUAGACGACAUCAGCGUCUUCGUGAUCCCGCUCAAGUCGUACCAGGACGAGCACCGUGCCUGGACUGCCUCCCUCCUGCCCCCCCACCAGAGCCCGCCACCUCCGGCACUAGGACUGCCACUCCCUCCUACGCCCGGAAAUGUAGCGCCGUAAAUACACAUACCCACAGAGCGCGCAUGCUCUUCCUUGAGCACCAAUCUUUCUCGGAGUUGCAUCAAAGUUGCACGCGCGGCAGUUGCAUUGCAGUGACUUCACUGCAGAGCACUGAAGAGAAAUCGCUGCAGUGCGGCGGUUGCGAGCGUGCUUCCUCUGGAAAGGACCAGCCAUACUAUGUUUGAGCCGUGCACAAAGAUGUAAGGAUCUUUCUUGCUUCUGAAUGGGGCCCAGGUGAAUUUGGGUUCGGCCCAAUGGACUUCCGGCGUUCAGUUCUAGUGAGAAACGCGGAGUAACUCUCCGCAUGGGAGACGCACACCCCCAGAUUGCCCGUGCACCGGGACUCGAACGGGCUCUUGUGUCCCGAGUCUGGGACAUACAUGUGCAGUCCUUGGCUUUUCGGGAUUCUGUCUUUUUUAGGGGUCUCCAUUCCUUCGCUGCUACUCUCACUGGACCAUUUCACCACAAGCUGUGCUUUGUCCUGCGGGAAACGCUGCCUUCAGAGUGAGAAGGUGUAACGAUCAACUCUGUAAAUUGAGUUGCACCGUCGCAUUAGGCAAUUCUUUUCUAGAGAUCUGGUUGCAAGCUUAGAUGCAUGGCUCCAGUUUCCUACCCCUAAGGUGCCCCUUGUUUUGCUCCUUCAUUGCCACUUCUGAGCUUGUAAAGGCACUGAGCGCUGUCUUAGCGAUUGGUGAACGUAAUAUUACGCACGCAGUGCUCCCGUUUCAAAUAUGGGAGAAUUUCUGUCGUCUCAAAAGUGUACAGUACGUGUUUGUCCAGUGAGAACUACUACUGCAGUAAAAUAGCAUCUGCCAAAUUUACUUCGCCGCUCAAUUCAGGUCAUUGCUGGUUUCAGUUCUCGAUCGUAUGUUGUAAAGAUUCUUCCAAGAAUAAAGGAUACUACAUAUACCACACUGGAAAGGUUACUGUAUAUACAUGUUUUAUCCCUGAACAAUAUUCUGAAAUGUGAUCUUUUUUGUCGUUUUCUCAUGGAUUGUAUUUCUCUAAAGGAAAAAGGAAUGGAGCAAACCAAUUGUAAAUUUGAACAUGCUGGACAGCCAUGUGCACUAUUAGAAUCUGCACAUGAGCUGUCCUUCACCACCUUUUCCAUGGAUAUGGGGCAACUUCUGCUUUUAUUAAUUGGCAGCAGAAGGCACUCACUCACUGCAGUUUAAUUUGCGCUUCACACAACAAGGCCGCCUUUACCUUCACCGCACAUGCUUUACAACUUAUUCUUAUUGUGUACCGUGAGCUUUAUCUAUUGUUGGACCUUUGAACAAACCUGAAACUCUCCCUCCAAGCAGUCGUGCUGUGGGACAUUAAACUGAAGAAACAAGCCUGCUCUCGUGCUCCCAAACACUAGCUGAAGCCUUGAGAUGAUUGUAUGCUACCUUACUAAAGAUCACCCAAAGAGCUGCACAAAAUGUUGUGUUGCAGCAUCUCAAGGAAAUGAGGAAUUCCAGUAUUUUUUGUUGCUUCUAUACUAUAAAGGAGAAGCUGUUUUCAUUACUUAUUUGUGUACAGCCGGUCUGCCCUACACAAAUACCAAACGGAAACACAGCCUGCGUGCUGUACAUCUGUAGGAGUUAGUUUGACAGGCUUAUAGGAAAAUCGGCAGACAAUGUCCGAUUCAUUCAAAGGCCCAACCACCCUUGGCACCCACUUUUCCAUUUCAUGACUUCUUGUGCUGUGCUUUUGGCUUCCUGCACCCCCAAGUGAAUUGCAGUGCAUACCAGAUCAUUAUUUUGUUUUUAUAUUCCCAUUGUUUUAUAUUUUCGGCUCUGUGUAAAGUUUAAUAUACCUUGGUGCUAUGCAGUGAAGCUGGCCUCCCUAGUCGUGCAGUUCUGUCUUGUUGCAACAGGAGUGUUGUGAAUUGGCUGGCUGAAUCAUCUGCAUUGCUCUGUUGAAGAUGUUAGCAAUACAUCCGGUAAAUUUCCACGAGUAAUCUGUGUCAAUAAACUCAACUAUAUAUUUUUUUUUUUUGAGCUGCAGCCUUUUGAAGGCUAUUGUGAGCCAACCCCGAAGGGCGUACUCUUUCGCGUUUGACAUUCCACGGCGUGUUCCUUUUGCUCAUUUUAACGGGAUUGCAGUGAUGAACCAAUGUCCGUAAGUUUCUCGUUGCUAACGAGGAUGCAGUGUGUGCCACUCUAAAGGGAACUAUUUUAUACUCUUAAAUUUUUCUUAUGUACAGAGCUAUAUUAUAAGUCUUCAUGAAGUGUCAAUUUGAAGAACUGUGAAUAAAGAAGCCUUGACCAGUGUAGGGUCGGCACAUGAAAGCA